AUGGAGAAUCUGAAGGCUGCCGAGGCCGAUGGGACAAUCUACAAGCGUGGAAGCUACAACCUAACCUUUUCAACGCCAGUAUUCUUCAACGUAUAUUGUGGGAUGAACGACAUGAUGGCAAAAUCCAACGACCCUAUGAAGCACAACCCGCGCUGUCUACGCCGCGUUUUGAGUUCAUACGCGGCAACCCCUAACCUGCUCAAAAUCACCAUCGAUCAAGCUUCUAAGAGCAUUUCAAAAGUCCAAAUUGGACUACAGGGUCGGUUCUCGGACGGCAACUUGUGCAUGCACGCUUCAGGCUACUUCGUUGCCAAUGGAGACGCAAGUGAUAUCUACUCCUCCCUGACCGAUCAACCCUUCUUCCUCUAUCAUGCCAUGAUCGGUCGAGCUCAAUGGGUCUGGCAGACCUUCCAUCUCUGGGAGACUUUUUAA